AUGGAAACAGCAUCAGUAGACGAUUGGACGGAACAAAAAUGCUUAAAGUUAAUAAGAGAAUACAGAAGAAAACCUAUAUUAUGGGAUCAAAAGAAUCGGUACUAUUUCAGAAGGGAUAUGAAAAUGAUCGCUUGGGAAGAAAUUGGUCAAGCUAUGAAAGUUUCUGCCGACAAAUGCAAACAUAAAAUGAUGAUUGUUUUGAUGUCGUCAUUCAGAAGAGAAAAAGCAAGACUUGUGAAGAGUUUAAAGAAUUUGUCAGGCGAUAGUCGUAAAGAUUCAUUCCGGCUAUACAGAAGUGCAUGGUUCGCUUUCGAAGAUAUGGCUUUUUUGUUGGAUAAGGAUUCCGAAAGAAAACGCCAAGAAAAUGAAGACUCCGAUGAAACAGACGAGAACGGUGAAGACACUUCUACUCGCGAUCGCGAUCUGUCAUUGCUGCGUCAAGGUUUGAAACAAUCUUAUCGCCCAGCUAAAAAACCGAGGGUUAAGUCUGAUAAUAAUGCGACAGAAGUAAGAGAACCUGAUAUCCUUCAACCACAAACGGAGGCCGGUCCUAGCCAAACGCCAUCCGAAAGAGAUGAGGAAAUUGUAUCUUUCACUACAUUUAUUGGUAACAAAAUGAAGAAGUACUCCGACACGACCAAAAACGCCGUGCAACAAGCCAUAUGUGAUAUAAUAUUCAAAGCAGAUCAAAAUGCUUACGAAAGUAAUUACUAUAACAAAUUGGCGAUAAUAGACGCGGUAGAGGAUCCUCUAAGUGAGGAAACGUUUGAAGAAUACGUUGAACAAAAACCUAUAAUUAAAAUAAAUUACUCUGACAGUGAUUAG